AUGGAAGACAUAUCUGAAGAGCAAGAGUUCAAAUAUGGAGAACAUAGUUUACAAAAGAUAAAGGUCUUUAAGUACAGCUCGACCAAUGCAAGCACAUACAUAUAUAUCCACGGAGGUGCUUGGAGAGACCCCAGCAACACAUUCGAUGAAAUGAGACCUGUUUUAGGUAUCCCCAAUGCUAACUUGAUAGGAAUAAAUUACCGUUUGUCUCCAGAGAUCAAACAUCCUGAACACUUGAUUGAUAUAUUAAGGGCAUUGAGAUUUGUCAAGCAGAAUUUUGACGUCAGCCAAAUUACUUUAUUGGGGCAUUCGGUUGGAGCCACUAUGAUUCUUCAGUUGUUGCAUUACAGACAAAUUAUACGUGAUGGGUUGAAGCACACACACAAAGAUGAUUUAUCCAGCCUAGACAACUUGUUUGCUUAUGUUAAUGACAAUGUGCUUUUGCUGCAAGUGAUAUUUUUGGAUGGCAUUUAUGAUGUGGUUGAGUUAUUGAAAGAGUAUCCUGAUUAUGCAUCGUUUGUAGAUGAUGCAUUUGUGUCUAACAAACAUUUCGCCGACUCAACCCAACUUAGUUCGGCAAAUGAAUCGUUGGACUUGCCUUUUUCUUUGGUUUCGAAAGACACAAAGUUUUUGAUUUACCAGUCCUUGGAAGAUGAUCUUCUUUCGAUGAAACAAACACAUCUAUUAAUUGACUAUUUGUCUUCAAAAAAUCAAGGGUUCACAUUGCAUGUAGGCAAUUGGGGCAAACACGAAGAGAUAUUUGGCAAAUACAGAGAAAUAGUGUUUUCUGGUAACGUACCUUAA